UUUCGCAUUGUCGCUUCCCAGUCUAUUCUAGUCAUUUCAUCUAAACCCCCGCUGUUUUGCUGCUUCCUUCUACUGUCACCAUUUCCAAGUAGGUCAGGUCCAGCUAGCUCACUCCGCCAUGGAAACUCCUCAGCAGCAGCCGAGGAGGCGCGGCCGUCCCAAGGGCUCUUCUGCCAAGUCCAAGGAGGACAGAGAUCGCGAGCAGCCGCACUCCGCUGCCGGCGCCACCCCCAGGAUGAGAGGACCUGGAGCUGACAAGAAGGCCGCCGCUGCCGCAGCUGACGAGAAGUACGCGCAGUGGAAGUCGCUCGUUCCCGUCCUCUAUGACUGGUUUGCUAAUCAUAACCUCGUAUGGCCGUCACUGUCCUGCCGAUGGGGUCCUGUGGUUGAGCAGCACAGUCACAAAAACCGCCAACGACUUUAUCUUUCAGAACAGACAGAUCAAUCAGUGCCAAACACUUUGAUUGUAGCCAACUGUGAUGUGGUUCGACCCAGGAUUGCAGCAGACAGUCACAUAUCACACUUCAAUGAAGAAUCACGCUCACCUUAUGUCAAGAAGUACAAAACCAUUAUACACCCAGGGGAGGUUAACAGAAUCAGAGAGCUUCCUCAAAAUAAAAACAUAGUGGCAACCCAUACUGAUAGUCCUGAAGUUCUAAUUUGGGAUGUGGAAGCCCAACCUAAUCGACAUGCUGUUCUUGGAGCUGUUGCUUCACGCCCAGAUUUGACAUUGAUUGGACAUAGUGAGAAUGCAGAAUUUGCAUUGGCAAUGUGCCCCACUGAACCCUUUGUGCUCUCUGGAGGAAAGGACAAAUCUGUGGUACUGUGGAGUAUUCAAGAUCAUAUAUCAACAUUGAGCACAGAUGCACAAAAACCUGCUGGUUCAUCUAUUAAGGCUGGUGAUAAUCCCUCUAUUCAAGCUCGUGGAAUCUUCCAAGGCCAUGAGGAUACCGUUGAAGAUGUUCAGUUCUGCCCAUCAAGUUCACAGGAAUUCUGUAGUGUUGGUGAUGAUUCAUGUCUCAUUCUAUGGGAUGCUCGAGUUGGUACUAGUCCAGUUGUAAAGGUUGAAAAAGCUCAUAAUGCUGAUCUCCACUGUGUUGACUGGAAUCCUCAUGAUGGCAACUUUAUUAUCACUGGAUCUGCAGAUAAUUCUGUCCGCUUGUUUGAUCGACGUAGUUUAACUUCGAAUGGAGUUGGCUCACCAGUCCAUAUCUUUGAAAAUCACAAAGCAGCAGUUCUUUGUGUGCAGUGGUGUCCAGACAGGUCCUCUGUAUUUGGGAGUACUGCAGAGGAUGGUCGUUUGAAUAUUUGGGAUUACGAUAAGGUUGGUGAGAAGGACAAUGAGACACCUGCUCCAGGUUUAUUUUUCCAGCAUGCUGGGCACAGGGAUAAAAUUGUUGACUUCCACUGGAAUGUGGCUGAUCCAUGGACAAUUGUAAGUGUAUCUGAUGACUGUGACUCCACAGGUGGAGGUGGUACACUACAGAUAUGGCGGAUGUUGGAUUUGCUGUAUCGUCCUGAAGAGGAGGCUCUGGCCGAGCUUCAAAAAUUCAAAGACCAUGUAAGCAAGUGCGCUCCAAAAUCUGAUUCCUAAGUAUUAAGUGCUUGUGUACUCAUUACUCUGAAGUAUGAGUCUAGUAGUGUACCAAUCCAAACAUUGUAGGUGGGAACCCAUUGUUAGGACUGUCCCGUUAACUUUAUAACCUUUUUGUGACUGAAGAUAUUUGGAGCUGUGCUUGAUUAUCCUAUUUAACAGAUUGUUUUGUUCCUAAUGCGUAUGGAGUACCUAGUGAGUUUGAAGUCUAUGUUGUAUCCUAGACCUUGAUACAUGUUUAUUUUAGUAUAUUGCACGUUCAUUUUAACCUA